AUGGUCAAAUUCUACGAGUCCCUCUCCCCAGACCUCAGCGAGUGGUGCAUGUCCCAGCCCCUCUUCUACAUUGCUUCCUCCCCAACCUAUGGCUCUCACAUCAACAUUUCUCCCAAAGGCCUUCCCUCUUCUACUUUUUCAAUCCUGUCUCCCAACAAAGCAGCUUACAUUGAUGCUACCGGCUCUGGAGCAGAGACUAUUGCGCAUUUGUAUGAGAAUGGGAGGUGUACGGUCAUGUUUUGUUCAUUCGAACAAAGUCCACGGAUAUUGAGGUUGUUCUGUAAAGGCAGAGUCACAGAGUUCUGGGAAGUGGGGUUCGGAGAAGCAGCAAGAAGUAUGGGUGUCGAGGUACCGGUGGGAGCGAGAGCAGUGAUUCAAUUGGAGAUUUGGAAGGUUCAGACCUCUUGCGGCUACGGCGUCCCCCUCCUCUCCCCUUCCUCCCCCACCAAACCCCUCCAAGACCGCGAAACCCUAGGCCACUGGGCAGGCAAAACAGUCUCUGACAACAAAAUGGUCGAGUACCGCGCCAAAAACAACGCUUACUCGCUCGAUAACCUUCCAGGUCUCAAAGCAGGCAGGAAAACACGAGGAGAGUGGCUGUGGGUGGCUGAUGCUAGGACCUUUGCGAUAAGACUUUGGAAUCAGAUGGAUGGGUUGGUUGUAGGAUUCGUGCUUGCUUUUGUGGUGAUUGAUCUUUUGCAUUUGGCGGGCAUCAGGAUUAAUGGCGUGUUGGCGGAUUGGAGAUGA